AUGCAGAGUCCGAAGAGGUCUCUGACUUGCUGCCCUGUGUUAGUUUUUAGUUUGCAGGUUUUUUUAGUGCAGGUUUAGCUGUUGUCAAGUCCAGUGAUAACUAUUGACCGCCCCUAUUCUAUGUUUAAGUUAUAUGAAUUGAAGUAACUAAAAGUGCAUUUAAACUUGUUGUAUACAGGGUUAGUGAUACAUCUACUUGAAAGAAGAAUGGGGCGAUAUUCUGGGAAGAAAUGCCGUUUGCUUUCAAUGAUUGGGCUCACCACCAGUUUCUUCAUUAUUGAACUGGUGGUUGGCUAUGUCACAAAUUCCAUGGCAUUGGUGGCUGAUAGUUUUCAUAUGCUCAGUGAUGUUGUUUCUAUUGUUAUUGCCUUUCUUUCAGUCAAGAUGUCACCAAAGAAGUGGUCAAAGAACACCUUUGGCUGGGCUCGUGCUGAAGUAUUGGGCGCUCUAGUUAACUCAGUGUUCCUCGUGGCUUUGUGCUUCUCCAUUCUAGUCGAGUCUUUGAAGAGAUUCAUUGAAAUUGAAGAAAUUCAUGACCCCCAGCUCAUUCUCAUUGUUGGUUGUGUAGGCCUCUUUGUCAACUUAAUUGGCCUUUUUCUUUUUCAUGAACACGGUCACAGUCACGGAGGUAAAAGUCAUGGCCACAGCCACGGAGGCGGUAGCAGCAGCCACGGCCAUAGUCAUAGCGGUGGCCAUGGUCAUGGCCAUUCUCACCUUCCGCACAGCCAUUCUCAUCUUGCCCAGUUGGCCUCUAUAGACGACAACGAAAAUGAUGCCGUCUAUGAAUUAGGGAAUUCGCCCCACUCGCACGCCAAUUCGAAAAGUGCCAAAACCAAAAAAUCAAAACCCAAAAACCUCAACAUGCACGGUGUUUUUUUGCACGUACUGGCCGAUGCUCUUGGAUCCGUUGUGGUCAUCAUUUCUGCCCUGGUUAUUUGGCUCACAGAAUGGGAGUACAAAUUGUAUGUUGAUCCUGCUCUCAGUGUUGCUAUGGUCUGCCUGAUCAUGUGGUCGACUUGGCCGCUAUUGAACGAGUCCGCCUUGAUUCUGCUCCAAACGGUCCCGACCCAUAUUCAACUGGACGACAUUCAACGCAAGUUGCUUAGCCAAGUCGAAGGGGUUUUGGCAGUGCACGAAUUUCACGUUUGGCAGCUGGCAGGGGACAGAAUUAUCGCUUCAGCACACAUUCGCUGCCGCAAUCUCACGGACUACAUGAAAAUCGCCGAACGAGUCAAAGAAUUUUUCCACAAUGAAGGCAUUCAUUCGACGACGAUCCAGCCCGAGUUCACAGAGCUUCCGGGAGAUGAAAGCGCCAGCGAGGCGGAAAGCUGCGCGUUGGACUGCCCUGCCAAAGAGACUUGCGAAGCCAACACUUGCUGCGGCCCGUCUAAACAGGGCCGAGAAGUUGAACAGUUGAUGGAAAUUACGUCCAACGAAUGCCGCCAGCGUUCGACGACAUCAGCCAAUGGCGCGAAUCGUGUCGUUACCCAGUCGAAUGCGGAAGAAUGCGGAGCGGAUGAGUUGAUGCUCCCCACGUGCUGCUCUGAACAAGCGGCAGUUCAUUCUCGUUUGAUGAGUGACGUCAAUUCCACUGCAAUCAAGGCCUGAUUUGAAUUCAAUGUGCUAGUGAAUUUAAAACUAUUUCCUUACCGAAACCAAUCCCUCUUUUUUUGUUUCAUUAGACGUUAGUAUUCAUUUAUUUUGCAAACCAAAAAAAAAAGAAAUGAUCAGAGUCUGAUUUUAUGACGUGUUGUAAACUCUUUUGCUGCGCAAUUGUAUGCCCCCACCUAAAAUUGAUUUUCCUUUAUCUCCAAAUGAUAUUUUUUUGUUUAAAAAAUUUCUCCGUCAAAUCGUUUAAGCGGUGGAUCUUCUGAAGCGUCAAGUUUCUUGAACUCGUUAUAAUGUACAAAGAAACAAACUGCCGGCCUGUGUUCCUCCUAUUCGUCUGUGUUUUGCGAACACUAUGUUCAAUUCUUUGUGUGCUGCUUCUGCCGGAUCAAAUUUUUUCCUUGUCCCAUCCCGAUUUGUCUCAUUUUUUUUGUUGUUCACGUAUUUUAGUUUUUUUUUUUA